AUGACAUUGCCCCCCUUCAUCAACGUAACCAGCCGAUGGGCUUGCUUUUGCUGUUCGAUCAUUAUUUUCUUUUUUUAUCCAAUCGAUUUAUUCCGUUUUCAUUCGUUCAUUCUUUGUUUCGAAAAUCUGUUGACUUUUUGUUUUAUUUUUUUUCUAUUUAUACCUUCACUUUCCUCUUUUUCUCUUCUGUCAUUUUUAUUUCAUUGUCUUUUUUUUUUUUCAUACAACAGUAUUUCUUUCUUUUGUUCUUGUUUUCCUUUCCUCUCCUUUUUAUUUUCUUCCCUCCAUUUUUUUCUUCGCUCACGAUUUUCUUUCUUUCUUUCUUUCUUUCUUUCUUUCUUUCUUUCUUUCUUUCUUUCUUUUAUUGUAAUUCCUUCUUUUUGUUUUGUUUUAUUUCAUGAAAAAUAUACAUUCAAUCGAUUUCUAUUCUAUCUUUCUUUCUUUCUUUCUUUCUUUCUUUCUUUCUUUCUUUCUUUCUUAAAUUCGAUUUUUCUUACUUUCUAUCAUUCUUUCACGAUUCAAGAUUGCAUUAGUCUUGACUAUUUAUUUUUUCAAUGCGCUCUUUUUGUAUUCUGUCAUUUAUUCAUUCUUUUACUAAAUUCGAUUUUUUUCUCUUAUUCAGAAAUACAGAUUGAUUUUUCGUUUUCAAUAUUUGUUCUUUUUAUUUAUUUACCAAUUUUGUUAUUUUGCAAUUCUUUCAUUUUUUUUCUUUCUUUCAUUCUUUCUUUCUUUCUUACUUUCUUUCUUUGA